AUGAUCUUUAUAAAGGGGUAUGUAAUAUUGCAAGUAGCCGACGGCUUUCAACGACGGACUGAUCUCUUGAGACCAACCAAAGGGGCGGUCAAAAUAGAUCGUUCGGGGUGUCCUGGAAUUUGUGGCCCGCAGGCCGCUACCACAUCAACCCUGUCUUUCUCAAGCUUCCGAAAUUCAUUCACCUCCAAUGUCAAUUACCUGAAAAGAAGCUCAGCGGAGGCGUUACGCAGAUUCAGCUCGGGGGAUCUGCAGUCGGAGUGCGAUGAGGGAGAAGUGGAUCCUUACACAGGCCGCCCGGCCACUACCAGCCAGCCCAAGCCGCAGGCACAGAGGCCGGCCUCCCAGGUUACGGGAGGCAGUAUGGGUAGUGGCGCGCCGCCAGCGCCUAGCUCUGGAACAGCUUCAGCCGGUGGUUCAGAUUUAUCUCUGAACCUUCGCGGUGGCUCACGAGGAACCUCAGCACCUUCCUCACCAGCUAAGUCUCGUGAAUCGCUGCUGCAGCGAGUACAAUCUCUAACUGGAGCUGCCCGCGAUCAAGGAGCUAAUUUAUUAGGGAGCGUGACAUCAGUAGCGUCAGUUGGCCGUGGGUACAACAGGGACAGAUGUGUGACACUGUUGGUUGUGGAUGACCAGAACACUGACUGGUCUAAAUAUUUCCGUGGGCGAAGACUACCAGGGGAAUGGGACAUCCGCGUUGAACAGGCGGAAUUCAGGGAAUUGUCGGUGACAGCAAGUUCUGAUGGAGCGAAUGUUUCUAUGGCCGUAUAUCGCAGUGGAACCAAAGUAACACGUUGUUUCAAACCCGAGUUCGUGCUGGUUCGUCAGAAUGUUCGAGACGCCGGCGCUGAUCAUAGGGCUUUGCUGCUCGGACUUAAAUUCGGCGGAGUGCCUUCUGUUAACAGCCUUAACUCUAUUUAUCAUUUCCAGGACCGGCCUUGGGUGUUUGGUCACCUCCUUCAACUGCAGCGUCGCCUUGGCAGAGAGAACUUCCCUCUCAUCGAACAAACUUACUACCACAAUCACACCGAUAUGGUAUCAGCACCCAAGUUCCCGGUGGUUAUAAAGAUUGGGCAUGCACACAGCGGCGUUGCCAAGGUGAAAGUUGAGACUUUGGCCGACUUCCAGGAUAUAGCCGGAGUGGUAGCCAUGUUGGGAACAUAUUGCACUGUUGAGCCAUACAUCGACGCCAAGUAUGACAUUCACAUUCAGAAAAUUGGAACCAACUAUAAAGCCUUCAUGCGCAAAUCUAUAUCUGGCAACUGGAAGACCAAUCAGGGUUCCGCUAUGCUGGAAGCUAUUGGCAUGAAUGAUAGAUACAAGAUGUGGAUUGACGAGGUGAGCGAGAUUUUUGGCGGCCUAGAAGUGUGCGCUCUUGAACUAGUAGUGGGCAAGGACGGACGUGAGCAUAUUAUUGAAUUGAACGACUCCGCGACGUCAUUCAUGGGCGAUUCUCAGGAAGAAGACCGUCGACAUCUUGCUGAACUUGUCUUCCAACGGAUGCAGGCUGUAUGUCGUCCUGGUAUAACCAAGACGGCAUCUCGCAGCUCCGUGUCGGGUAGUGGCGCGGCGUCUCCCGAGGAGCGUUCGGUGAGCGGGCCGCCAUCCGUCCCGCCGCCCGCUCCGCUCGCCGCCGCCGCCAGCAUCGACCGGCCGCUACCACCCAUACCCGCGGAGCCGACACAACCACCACCACCACCACUCACACGGAGAGACUCACAAGUUUCCCAAUCAUCGACGGUGUCGUCAGCAUCAGCGGCUCCUAGUACGACCGGCUCAGCGGCGGGCGCUGCGACGGGGACUGCGCCCCCCGCGGGAGGUCCGGCCGCUGCGGGGGGCACGCCCUCUCGCGGAGGCUUCGCCCGCCAGGGCUCCCUUAGCGCCGCCCUAACAGAAGACGCGGAAGACACCAUGAAGAACCUCCGUAAAACAUUCGCCGGUAUCUUCGGAGACAUGUAA